AUAUAAAUCAGUCCAUCAAGCCGUCAAUUCGACACAGAGAGCAGUAGAUUAGUCGAGUUGUACGGAUGGGGUUCGAUGUUGACGUGAGUGCACAGUAGUCGUUCUCUCCUCUGAUUCUUUCCAAAGAAAGUUGGCGCAACGCGCGUAAGUUUAAAUUGUUAAAAGAAUCUUAAAAAAUAAAAACUUACUUUUUAUACAGAGAAGACAGAGAGUCCUUAGAAAGAGAGAGAGAGAGAGAGAGAGAGAGAGAGAGAGGGGGGAGGGAGAGUGUGUUUUAAGUGGUGCUUAUUGAUGAAGAGGAAAACCCUAAAGAGAAGCAAUCGAAAAAGGAAAGAGAGUGAUAAAAUGAAAGGUACAUUAGCAAGACAUUUACAGGUUCAACUAGGACAAGUUUCUGUUCAUCAGUAUCAACAGCAACCUUCUUCUUUAGAUUCAAAACCUUCCACUGUUCUCCAGAAUCUUCUUGAUUCUGAAGCUACUGAUCCGCAGCUCCAACCCUCUUUUGGAAACCCUAGCAUUGGUGAUUUUGAUAUUAAUGUUGAUGACAAAGAUUUCAUUCUUAGUCAGGACUUUUUCUGCACUCCAGAUUACAUAACUCCAGUGGAUCAAAAUUUAUUGAACAGCUUUGAUUGCAAUAAGGAAAAUAUAUCAUGCCCUGAAUCACCUGAGAAACUAAACACUAUUAAAACUAAAAAACUUCGACGAGAUGGUAUCUCUUCCAAUCCCCUCAGUCCUACCUUGUCUAACCAGCAACACAAUUUGGAGAUUGUGAAAGAUUUUGUUGGUAUGGAUGAAGUGAUAAUUGAGAAAACAACAGUACCUGGAACUCAGAGAAGCCAAAAUUAUGUAUCACAAUCUGCUGUUGCUUUGCGCUGCCGGGUUAUGCCCCCUCCUUGCAUUAAGAAUCCAUAUUUAGUGGAAGCUUCAGAAGUGGAAGUAGACCCUUUUGGCAAUCAAAGAUCAAAAUGCGCUGGUUUUUUCUCUGCUAUUGUUGGUGGUGAUGGCCUUUCACGUUAUCACACCGACUUUCAUGAAAUCCAGCAAAUUGGUACUGGAAACUUCAGCCGCGUCUUCAAAGUUUUGAAGAGAAUUGAUGGUUGCUUGUAUGCUGUGAAACUUAGCACAAGAAAGUUGCAUCAAGAUGCAGAGAGGAGGAAAGCUUUGAUGGAGGUUCAAGCUUUGGCUGCUUUAGGAUGUCAUAAAAAUAUUGUUGGAUAUUACUCUUCUUGGUUUGAAAAUGAGCAGCUAUACAUUCAGAUGGAGCUCUGUGAUUGCAGCUUAUCCAUCAAUAAAUUUUCCAAACCAUUCACUGAGGCAAAAGUGUUGGAAGUUUUACAUCAGAUUGCAAAAGCAUUGCAGUUUAUCCAUGAACGGGGAAUUGCUCACCUAGAUGUUAAACCUGAAAAUAUUUAUGUCAAGAAUGGAGUUUAUAAGCUUGGAGACUUUGGAUGUGCAACUCUUCUUAAUCAGAGCUUGCCAAUUGAAGAGGGUGAUGCACGUUAUAUGCCUCAAGAGAUCUUAAAUGAGAAUUACAGUCAUUUAGACAAAGUAGAUAUCUUUUCCUUGGGAGCUGCUAUUUAUGAGCUUAUAAAAGGAUCACCUUUGCCCCAAUCAGGAUCUCAAUUUUUUAACCUUAGGGAGGGAAAACUGCUUCUUCUUCCUGGCCAUUCAUUGCAAUUUCAGAACUUACUCAAGAUCAUGGUAGAUCCAGAUCCAUUGAACCGGCCUUCUGCAAAAGAAGUGGUAGAAAAUCCAAUAUUUGAAAAGGUUCAAAGAAAUCUCAGAGACUAGCAAAUCUUCGUUGGAUUUGUGAGACUGGAGUUUUUGUAUAUGUGGCCUCUACUGAUGAUCAUCUGUCUAACUAAGAGAUCAGUGGCGAGAUAAUGAAUGGCCAAUUUUGUAACACAAUUUUCCCUCUUCAGUACAUGCACCAAGUUUUGUCCCACAGCAAUGUGCAGGUGUUGUAAAGUUAAAAGAGGACUAUUAAAUAUCCUGUAUUACAGACUUAAAUCACGCAAUUUCAAUAAAAAACUUCUUAUAAUCCUAA